AUGCCUUGUACAUAUGGCACACCACCUAACAUCCGGGGUUGGCUUUUCACCAUUUUGGUGGGAAACGUGGUUGGGGUGCGCAAGCACAUGGGAGCCAUCCAGUGGGCAAAUGCGCUUCCAAGACAACGGUUUGCAGGCAAGCACUGCGGCGCUGGCUUUCCAGAAGCUUUGCUGGAAUCCAGUAGCUUGAUUGAGGGCUUCCUCGAUGGGCAAAUUCGCGCUCUUUCAUCGCUGGAGGGAUAUGGUGGGAAUGACAGGUCUAUGGUGAGAAUGUGGGGGCGGGGGAAGACUCUGGUUUUCUAA